UCCCAGGAUACAGCGGGCGCAGACAUGGCGGAGAGAAACCGAGACUUGGGACCUGCUUCCUCACCCUGCCCCAGAGAGUGGAUGGCAAUGGCAAACCACCACUGACAAAAACUGCAAUGAAAACAACUCGGGAUGAAGCAUCAGCAGACUGUGAAGGUCUCGGCACAAGUGCAGUGGACCAAAUGCUUGAUGCAGAAAACAAACGAAUGGCAGAUAAUUUGUCCAGCAAAGUGUCCCGGCUCAAAUCGAUUGCUCUGGACAUUGACCAGGAGGCAGAUGAACAGAAUAGAUAUCUAGAUGGCAUGGAUUCUGAUUUUUUGAGUGCUACUGGACUUUUGACAGGAAGUGUGAAGAGAUUUUCCACAAUGGUGAAAUCUGGCAAGGACAAUAAGAAGUUGCUGUGCUACAUAUCUGUCGGGCUGGUCCUUCUUUUCUUCAUCUUGUACUACCUUGUCACCAGGAUUCAGACUUGAUCUGUUUACAAUCUCACAGUGUGACAAGGAACAGAUCCAGUGACUGGCGAAUAAUUGCCAAGCUUCAUUUGGACACAGCCAAGAGGGCUGACUGCUCUCUCCUUUGCACCAAAGUUUUUACUUACAGCAAGUCUUCAAGUGGUUCCCUUGAUCAGCCUGGGAAUCAGUGAUGAAGAUGCACUUUACAGAAGUGGUGAGGGAACAUGAUUUUACAUGACAUUGUACUGUACUAUGUCAUACACAUACACACUAAUGAAUAGUGCAGAAAAUGGACCAGUCUCCAGUGAGAGUGUUUUAUGCAAUGAUAAGCCUGUAUUAGAGCCCCAAUCAAUCCCUUGGAGGAAGAGGAGGAUAAAUCAGGACUCCCGCCCACACGCAGCUGCCACUUCUUAAAAUAAAUGAUUGGCAAAAGGGCAGCUUUAGAUUUAUUAAUUCAUGACAUUUUAAUUUUUCAAAGGAUGUUUAGUAAGAUUAGUUCCCAAGAUGGUGAUAGUUUACUGAUUUAAUAAUCUUUUGAGUUAAAGGACUUAGUUUCCAAUAUUCAUUUUUGUUGCUUACAAUAGUGAAGUAUGAUAAUUGUGAAUCAUUAGUGUUUGCUUUUAUUUUCCUCAAUAAAUAUUGAUCGCCUAAACUGUUUUAAA